CCUCCCCCCACUCCAACAUGCAGAGCAUGCGUUGACGCACCCAUGGCAGCGCCCAGAUGCCGGCCCAGGCAGAGACCCAGCUGUCUCUGGCGGAGGCUGCGGAAUGCAGCGGUUGGCCGCGCGAGGCCGUGGAGGAUUUCUGCAAAUGGCCCGUGGUCGUGGAGUCCCCGGAGAGCUUCAUGUCCUUCGUGCGCUACGGGGACCACUCCGAGGCCCAGAUGGUGGUGCUGAGGGACGGUCUGCGGAAGCUGGGGCUGGCAGAGUCGCUCCCGCUGACCGAGGCGUGCAAGCGCCACACCUCACUGGAGGCCGUCGUGGAUGACUCCUGGGAGGCUGAUGUCUUUGUAUGGCCCGGCAAAGAGGGUGAAGGAUCUUGGUACCAUCGGAAGGAGAUCAAGGGAGGCACGUUGCGUCAGCGCCUCGUCAUCGCGGCAAGGGAGGGGCCGCCCUACCUGGCGGAGGUGAGCCGAGGGGCAAAGACUCCACACCAUCUGACGGGGGAGGCGUCUCGGACUCUCACCACCCGCGACGUGCGGGACUGCGGCUUUGCGACCUUCAGCGACGGCCCCGACUCGCGAAGCGAGCUGCCGAUGUGGGACCGCGGCCAUGCCUUCGUGGGCGCGCGUGGGGUAGGGAGCUGUCUCCAUGUGGACCAGGCGUGGUGGAGCAACGUGGCCAAGAACUUCACAGGCUACAAGCUGGUGGCCUUGUGGGGCAAGAGUGCAGGGUUGGAGGGGCUGAUGGGCCAGCUCUUUCGGAGGCCGCUGUCUGCAGCGCAAGUCCAGGCGUUGCGGGAGGCUACCACCAUCGCGUUGCUGGGGCCCGGCGAUGUCGCCAGUUUCAGCGGCGGGCUUCCGCAUACCACGGUGGUGGUGGGUGAAGGGCUGAACCUCACAGCCUACGUGGUCCGGGCUGAAAGUGAGGAAGUCCGUCAGCAACAAGGAGAGCUUGGUGAACUGGCACCCCGGCAAUGCAGGCUUGCUGCUGCACGGGGCGCUGAGGAAGCCAGGAAGCCCCGGCGUCAUGAAGCGCUCAGCGCUGAAUGGCCUGCUGGACGACAUCGUGGAUGUGGCGCGCCGCGCAGAGGUGGGCGGACAUCCUUUGCCUGCCAAAGGGCGGGUGGUAAUCCUCCAGCUGGGCUCCACCAACGACGACCGCGGCGCGGUGGACGGCGAGGUGAAGCAAAGGGCCAAGCGGGUGGCGGCGUUGUGGCGGCAGCUCGAUGGGUCCAAGGAGGUUUUGGUGCUGGCGUCGGGCGGCAGCGACCCGGACCGCUUCUUCAAUCGCACGGCCACGCCGCACUGGCGCUACGUGCAGCAGGAGCUGUUGGCUCUGCAAGUGCCGGAGGAGGUGAUGCUGCCGGGGCUGCCCGCCUUGCACACCGUGGACGAGGCGCUGAUGGCGCGGGAGGUGCUGAAACCUCUCUUGCCGCUGCAGCUGGCGGUGGUCACCAGCGAGUUCCACGCGGAGCGGGCGGGGCAUCUGUUCCGCCUGGCCUGCGACGAGCCGGGCCUGGAGGUGUCAGUGCUGCCGGUGCCCAAUGCCUGUACGGGCAGCACUCUGCAGUGGUACCUCGACAAGGAGGCUUCCACCCUGAGGGCGCUGAAAGCGGAGCCCUUUGGGGCCUGGCGGGACUUCUUGCAGGAGCACCAGCUGAUGGAUCGGCGGCCGCAGGCCUGUCUUAUCUCAUCCGCAGCUGCAGGGCAUUUGAGGGCCUCCUUCCGAGAGACGCUCAUGGCGAAUCGGCGCUGCCGGCGGAGGAUGAAGGAUGGAGCAGCUUUCGGAUUCGAGCAGGAGCGAAAGCGGAAGCGCAAGCGGUGGAAGCGCGAGCGGUGCCAAGCGGCCGCGACUGGGCUGAGCAAAGGUCUUGACCAGCGAGCGCUCGCGACUCGAGCAGCGCCAGCGCCAAAGCUGCGAGAAUUCGGGGAUCCCAAACUGAUUCCAGG